GUAGAGGGGGAGCUCAGGAGAUUCCAUUUAUGUAAAAUUUCUCGUUUCCCCAGACUGAAAACAGACUGUUGUAUAACGAAAGCUUUCUCUGCGAAGGCUAACCUCAUUUUCUUUUCUCUGUCGCGCUUGAUUCACUCAUAUCCCAAGGGGAUUGAAGUCAUUGAUUAGCUUAAUUUAAGCAUUGUUUAUCAGUAGUGCAGACUGCAGAAUAUACCAUAUGCAGAAGGUGCAGAAUUCUGGAGGGAGGAUACCUUCUAGAAAUGACCCACUCAUACCUGAAGCGUGCCCACCCUUGGGUGGAACAAGGCAGAUCUGAUACUGGGGAUUCUGUGUGCAUAAUAGCCAUGACUUCUUCCAUGCAUGAUCUUUCAGAUAAUAGUGAGACGAAUGAGCAGCAGAAACACUCAGAAUCUCAGAUUCUGUCUUCAUCUCCUGCAGCUGCACUGGUGCACCCUGGGAUGUCGAACACAAAUAUUCAGUAUGCAACAAGUCUGCAACUUGGUUCAGGGCACGCAAUGGCGGCAGCAGCAGCUUACCCAUACUCGGAUCCAUACUAUAGAAGCAUUUUUGCUCCCUAUGAUGCUCAGCCAUAUCCUCCACAGCCCUAUGGUGGACAACCAAUGGUCCAUCUUCAGUUAAUGGGAAUUCAGCAAGCUGGAGUUCCUUUGCCAUCAGAGGCAGUUGAGGAACCUGUAUUUGUCAAUGCCAAACAAUAUCAUGGCAUCUUAAGACGUCGACAAUCCCGUGCAAAAGCUGAAUCAGAAAACAAGGUCAUCAAAUCUCGGAAGUCAUACUUGCAUGAAUCUCGACAUCUACAUGCAUUGAGAAGAGCUAGAGGAUUGGGGGGUCGGUUUCUCAAUUCCAAGAAGAAUGGGAAUCAACAAGAGAAAGAAGAUUCACCAAGUGACAAAUCACAAUCCAAUAUCAAUCUUAACUCUGAUAAAAAUGAUAUUGCUUUGUCGGAUAGCAAGUCUUGAUAUAAAGCUAGUUGGUGGGGCACACACUGGGACCACAGAUCUUCCAGGAGGGCCAUCCCCUAAUAGUCAGUAUUGCUUCACUCUUGUUCUUCACAUACAAGCCAUUAGUUUGUAUAGCUUUUUCUAGUAAUUGGUUUGUAGGGAGGUUGCAAAGAUGGAGGUAGUGUAAUUAAGGGGCAUGAAUAGUUGUCUUUGCAACAGUGGUUUUAUUUGUAGUUUUUUCAUCUUUCCAUGAGGGGAGUGAUGGUUAGGUUUUGUGUGUGGGCAUUUCUUUGCUUUCAAGAAUGUGGUCAAGCUAGUUCUUUUUCUAACAAAGAGUUGGAGCUGUGUUAAUUGGUUGAGUUGAUUGUUCUUCAUUAGCUUAGUGAAAUUAGGUUGGCUGUUUCUAUUUAGUAUUAGCCCUUUGAUUACUUAUUAUUGUCAACUUUUCAAAUAAGAUGGAUGGUUUGAUUAA